CAAACGUCAAUGUCAAACGUAAACUUCCGGUGUAGAAGACGACCCGUCUUUUUUAAUGGCAAAAUACAAACAUUUACGUUUCCUGGAUUGUCAUAAAUAAAAUAAGGGAAGCUUUCAGUAUUGCCAAGAAGUAUUAUGUUUUAUGGCCAAUGGUACUAGAUGAUCAUUUGAAUUAUUUAUUGGAAAAGCUCUUUGGCAGAAAGUUCAUGUGUAGUUAUUAUAAAAAUGAACAGGUAUGGUUCAAUGAAAAGUAAUAAUGUCAGACAUCUUCUGUCAAAAGUUUUAAAGCGAGAGCUUUGCAGUCAAGAGUUCUCAACAACUAGAAAUGGAAACAAUUGUAUGUGUAAGCACAAAAAGCUGCAUCUAAAAGAAUUCAGCAGGAAUAAAAACUUGAUGUCAGAAUUGACUCGUCUCCAUGGCUACCAAAGUCCUGUGAUGGCAUAUUGUACAGUGAAAAAUGGAACAACUGAUAAAGAUAUAGAGGCCUGGGAAGCAUUAGUAAAUUAUGAAGGCCUGUCUCCUCUGGAACAAAGAGUACAUGAUAGACACAGAAAUGCUGUAAAGCAAGGCAAGCUGAUGUAUGCAGACCCCCAGACAGGAUAUCAAGUAAUGACGAGGGUGGCUCAUCUUAAACGUGGCGAUUGUUGCGGAAAUGCUUGCAGACAUUGUCCAUUUGGGCAAGCCAAUGUCACAGACACUCGGAAGAGAAAGAAGUUCAACACUGCCUUCUAUGUUUGACGAAAAUUGACAUAGACCUUCAAAUUGUUUUAUAUUAAAAUGAAUUAAAAUGAUAGAAUUCCAGAAAAA